ACUUUCAACAAGGAUCAACAUCAUUGUCUUCAAAUCUUUCUUAGUGCAUUUCUUUGGUCAUCUUUUUUUUUUUUUUUUAAAUCCUUAUGCUAACAAACAAUGGCAAUGGCGGGGGAUCUGUUAAGACUCUCUGUAUUAAAUCGGCCAAAGCUCUCUUUCAGUAAUGGCGCGAAACUCAAAGCUGACCGCUUUGGCUUGCUAAAACGAUGCCCUCGCGGUCGUUUCCAUUGUCGGCCUCGGUCAACUCCUGGAUUCGUCUUGUUCAGUUCACUGGAGACUAGAUUAGAGUCGGAGGAAUCGUCUAUACAGCCGGUAGGACAGAAGCUUAAAGAUCCGUCGGUUCUCCUCGAUGUCAACGGGAUGAUGUGCGGCGGAUGCGUGUCCCGAGUCAAAUCGGUUAUCUCUUCCGACGAGCGAGUCGAAUCAGUAGUAGUCAACUUGUUGACCGAGACGGCGGCGAUCAAGUUGAAGCGGGAGGUGAUGGAGAGGGAAACCGUGGAGAGUGUUGCGGAGAGUAUAGCUCAGAGGGUGAGCGAGUGCGGGUUCAUGGCUAAGAGGAGGGUUUCGGGGAUUGGAAUCGCGGAGAACAUGAGGAAGUGGAAGGAAAUGUUGAAGAAGAAAGAGGAAUUGUUGGUGAAGAGUAGGAAUCGAGUGGCUUUUGCUUGGACUUUGGUGGCGCUUUGUUGUGGAGCUCAUGCUUCACAUAUUUUGCACUCCCUAGGGAUUCAUUUCGGCCAUGGAUCGUUUCUGGAGGUCCUUCAUAAUUCUUAUGUCAAAGGAGGAUUGGCUUUAACGGCUUUGUUGGGUCCAGGAAGAGAUUUGCUAGUUGAUGGAUUAUUGGCAUUCAAGAAAGGAUCUCCCAAUAUGAAUUCUCUUGUGGGUUUUGGAUCAAUUGCUGCAUUUAUCAUUAGUGCAGUCUCACUUCUUAACCCUGGGCUUGAAUGGGAUGCUUCAUUCUUUGAUGAGCCGGUCAUGCUUCUUGGUUUUGUGCUCCUGGGACGUUCGUUGGAAGAAAAAGCAAGGAUUAGGGCAUCCAGCGACAUGAAUGAACUUUUAUCAUUGAUAUCCACUCGGUCAAGACUUGUAAUUACUUCAUCAGACACUGAUUCCUCUGCUGAUUCUGUACUUAGCUCUGAUGCUAUUUGCAUUGAGGUCCCCUCAGAUGAUAUUCGAGUUGGAGAUUCGGUAUUAGUUUUGCCUGGAGAAACAAUUCCUGUAGAUGGGAAAGUUCUUACAGGAAGAAGUGUGGUUGAUGAAUCCAUGCUGACGGGAGAAUCACUUCCAGUAUUCAAGGAAAAGGGUCUUACGGUCUCUGCUGGAACUAUAAAUUGGGAUGGCCCUUUAAGAAUAGGAGCAACUUCCACAGGCUCCAACUCAACUAUUGCUAAGAUCGUACGCAUGGUUGAAGAUGCUCAAGGACAAGAAGCACCUGUACAGAGGCUUGCAGAUGCGAUAGCCGGGCCAUUUGUAUACAGCAUAAUGACUCUGUCAGCUGCAACGUUUGCUUUCUGGUAUUAUGCUGGGUCGCACAUAUUUCCAGAUGUUUUGCUCAAUGAUAUUGCUGGCCCUGAUGGAGAUCCAUUGCUUUUGAGUUUGAAACUUGCAGUGGAUGUCUUAGUAGUUUCCUGCCCUUGUGCUCUGGGUCUUGCCACACCAACAGCAAUCCUUGUUGGCACCUCUCUUGGAGCAAGACAAGGACUGCUUAUAAGAGGUGGGGAUGUUCUGGAACGCUUGGCCAAUGUAGACCGUAUUGCUUUUGACAAAACUGGGACUCUCACUGAAGGAAAACCAACUGUCUCAUCAGUUUCUUCCUUUACUUAUGAUGAAUCAGAAAUUCUUCAAAUUGCUGCAGCAGUGGAGAGAACAGCAAUACAUCCGAUUGCUCAGGCUAUUGUAAAGAAGGCAGAGUUGUUGAAUUUGGUACUCCCAGAAACUAGAGGACAACUAGUUGAACCAGGUUUUGGAACCUUAGCUGAAGUAAAUGGACGUUUGGUUGCUGUCGGUAAAUUAGAAUGGGUUAAUGAACGCUUCCAGAUAAAAGCAAGUCCAUCUGAUUUGAUGGCUUUAGAACAUGCUGUAAUGCGUCAGUCAUCAUCACCAUCAAACUAUUCAAAAACAGCUAUCUAUGUUGGACGUGAAGGAGAAGGCGUAAUAGGUGCUAUAGGAAUGUCUGACAGUCUGCGGUUUGAUGCCGAGUCUACCGUGAGCAGGCUUCAGCGGAAAGGUAUCAAAACAAUCCUUAUUUCAGGAGACAGGGAAGAGGCAGUUGCAACUAUUGCGAAGACAGUUGGAAUAGAACAUGAAUUUGUUAAUGCAUCCUUGACACCUCAGCAGAAAUCAAGGGUUAUAUCUACUCUUCAAACUGCAGGACAUCACAUUGCCAUGGUAGGGGAUGGCAUUAAUGAUGCACCAUCCUUGGCCCUUGCGGAUGUGGGGAUUGCUCUACAGACUGAAGCACAAGAAACUGCAGCCUCGGAUGCAGCAUCUAUUAUACUUCUUGGCAACAGACUCUCACAGGUAGUAGAUGCACUGGAUCUUGCACAGGCAACAAUGGCAAAAGUGUACCAAAAUUUAUCUUGGGCAGUAGCGUAUAAUAUUGUUGCCAUCCCCAUUGCUGCUGGUGUUUUACUUCCCCAAUACGAUCUUGCUAUGACACCCUCAUUUUCUGGUGGGUUAAUGGCCUUGAGCUCAAUAUUUGUUGUAACCAAUUCCUUGCUUUUACGGCUCCAUGGGUCUGAGAAGAGCUGGAAGAAUAGUAUUGCGAAAAUUUCACAAAUGCCUGCCGGUCCAGGUUAACAAAGUAAUUCAUUCCAAUGUGCAAGUAUCCUGAGAUGCUUCCUGGAGCCCUCAGGUGCAUUGCCUCUAAGAACACUGCUUUUUGAUAGAUCAACUUGUAAGUAGGUUAUUGAGUACAUACUAAAGGUGAUUUCGAACGGUUAAUCAAGGUGUAUCGCGUUAUGAAUAGUGGCUGUUUUUGUUAUUCAUUUUAUCUUUCUUAUUAUCUUCAGCUGGCUUUUGUAUUUCAAAUAAACAUUUAUGUUGAAGUAUCUAUUAUUUAAGCUCCUGAUUAAAUUUUUGUCACAA